AGGAAGGAGCGAGUGCACGAGCGGUGACAGAAGCUGAGGAAAACGGCUCAUUUUCCACAGAACAAACACCCGUGGAAGUGGAACAGUCAAUGCUAAACCUGUCUGUUCCAGCUCGGGUCGGUUAAUGCUAAAAGUUCGCGGCCGUAUUAGCCGGUGUAGCUAGCUGCUGUGUGCCCGCUGCUCCGUGUCGGAACACACCGCCUUUGUGGGGAUGAGUGCGGAGCUGCUGGCCGACCUGGACAGCCGCUUCUUCGCCGAUAACCUCCUGACGAGCGAAGACUGGGAUCUGUACCAGUGUGAGAGUAUGGAGGAGGGUGAGGACGCCGAUUUCAACCGAGGACUGAAAUACGACUCGGCGUUCGACAAUGACCUGGUCCUCACCCUGGAUCCGGACAACCCCACGUCUCCAUGGCGACACCUGGAUGACAACCUGCUCACAGGGGAAACUCCCGUCAUAAAAAGUGAGAUGACCAUCACACAGCCGUUACCGGUGGAGAUGUUGUUCCAGGUGAAAGCAGAACCUCCGUCUCCUGCGUCAUCACUGGAGUCCGACUGUUCUGCAGCGUCUCCAGAUCCACAGAUCACAGUUAAAGGUGAAAACCCUCCCACGCCUCCGUACAUGUACGGAGACGUGCUUUCACCUCCGCUCGGAUCCAUGGAGGUCACCGUGGCAACGACAUCAGUCCCGCCUCCACAGCCUCAGCUGCAGACGCCGUUAACCACACAGAUACCAGGAGUCCUCAGCGGCCUACAAACCCCGACCACAGUGCUGCCCAACUCGGCCUCGCUGAAGGCCAGCUCCAUCCUCAGCACCAAACCCCCCAUCCAGCCCAGACCGGUCUGCGUGGCCACCCUGCCCGUCCCCCAGUCCCAGACCCCGGCCAAGACCCUCAUCCUGCAGGGCCUGCCCUCCAUGGACCAGACCAGACCAGUCGUCCUCUCUCAGUCCGUCUGUCUGGGCUCGGCUCCCGCCAUCGUCAAAGUGGAGCCGGUUUCUCCCAGCAUCCCUCAGCCCUGCUCCGCCACAGCUCCGCCCACCAGCAAACCCAUCGUCCCGGCGACCACCGCGCUGCCCGGCAACAACUCCAGUGACAUCGACAUGAAGGUUCUGAAGCGGCAGCAGAGGAUGAUAAAGAACCGUGAGUCGGCCUGUCAGUCCAGGAAGAAGAAGAAGGAGUACCUGCAGAACCUGGAGGCCCAGCUGAGGGAGGCACAGCAGGAGAACGAGCGACUGCGCAGGGAGAACCAGGCGCUGAAGGAGAGGCUGGCUGGGAAGGAGGGCAGUGAAUCGGCGAGUAACAAACGCGCGGUGUGCGUCAUGGCCGUCCUCCUGUUCAUGACCUUCAGCUUCGGACCCGUCAGCAUCACAGACAGGAAGUUGUCGGCGGGCUUUCAGGACGAUUCGGUGUCGUACACGGGACGGCAUCUGCUGGAGAUCGAACAGCAGGCGGCGGCGGCGGCUCCGCCUCCAAAUAGAGUGGAGGAUAAAACGGAAACAGAGGAGGAGGGAGGAGACGAACGAUGGAAGAGGGGGGAGACCGAGAGGUUCACCACAGAGCCAUAUCAGUUCAGGAACCUGAGCGACGUCUUCAGCGACAUGAAGGAACUGGUUCUGCAGGACAUCGACCGCUUCUUCACGUCCUCCGACUGCAGACAGUUCAACCGCUCCGAGUCCCUCAGGUUGGCCGACGAGCUGAGGGGUUGGGUUCACCGGCACCAGAUCGACCGCAAGAAGUCUGGAGGGAAACCCAAGAUCGCCAAGAAGGCCAAGGUGGCUCAGAAAUCUCAGCUGAGGAAAACAAACUUCUCCAGAUACCUGCCCAUCCAGGCCCACCGCUCCAUAGAGAGUCAGCUGCAGGUGUUGUCGGGGCCGGAGGUCACCUACAGCGACUUCCUGGACGCCAUCGACCGCCGUGAGGACACUUUCUACGUGGUGUCCUUCAGACGGGACCACCUCCUGCUGCCGGCCAUCAGCCACAACAAAACCAGCCGACCGAAAAUGUCUCUGGUGAUGCCGGCUAUGUCUGUGAACGAGAGUCUCUACAACUCGUCUCAGGGUUACGAGAUGAUGAUGCAGGUCGACUGCGAAGUCAUGGACACCCGGAUCGUCCCCAUCAAAUCCUCUGCCGUCCCGCCCUCGCUCCGGGACCCGCCCCCACCUCCGCCCUCCACCCACCACAACCCCCACCACCAUCACCACGGCAACCACACCUCGCUGCGCGGACGCCACCACCAUUCGCCGUCCUCCUCCUCCUCCUCCGCCUCUUCUUCCUCCUCCUCUUCUUCUUCUUCUUCUUCCUCCUCGUCUUCGUCUCCGCGGCAACCUUUACCCGCCCGCAGACGACCGGUGGAAUACCUAAUCAGCCAAUCGGAGGGCGUCUGAGGACAUGUUUCCAUGGCGACGACGGUUAAAAUAAACUCAUCAUCUGGAGCUCAAAGGUAAUCGUAUCGACUCUGGAAAAACUCCGCCUCCAACCGCGGGGUUAAAGCGAUAAAUAAAUAAAUAAAUAGAUAGAUAAAUAAAUAGAUAAAUGCCUGUUUAAAGAAUAUGUCCUAAUAUAUAAAAGUAUAUUUGUAAAAAAGGCCAGAGCAGCACACUGCACUUGGAAACAGUGCUGCCUUUGAAUAUUUAAGACAGACAAUGGAACGUCUGAAUGAAGUGCGGAGGUGAACGUUCGUUUCAGGGUCGUUAUUUCUCAUCCCAGUUCAUAAACUUCAGUCCAACGUUGACGUAUUUAACGGUUAAUCAUCCCAAUCCGCCUCAGACCCUGAUGUCGAGUCGCGUUUCUGCAGAGUCGAACAUUUGUGUUUUUGUAUGGGCCGAUCCUUGGAACGCUGCAGGAAGUGGGAUCGUGUACCAGAGCUGAACAGCAGGGGGCGCCGGAUCUCCUGGAGCUGAAACAAAAACGGCCCCGAUUGUCACAUUUAAAUCACAUUUCGUCAUCGAAUAAUGCUCUGAUUUCUUCCAAAGUGACGAAAAACAAGUAAAAAUGCUUCAAGAUUAAGCCUUUAUUUCUGUAUUUUUAUGCACAAAAAACCAACCAAACCACUUCAGAUCCCACUUUCAUGCAGCAUCGUUCAGAUUUAUUGAAGAUUGUUGUUUUUUUUUUUAUAGGAAAAUUAUGUUGGAGAUUAUUUAAUAGCUGUAAAUAUUAGUGUUCACCUUGUAGAUAUUUUUUCGUUAUGUUUUUUUUUUAUUUUCGGGGUCUUUUCACAACAAAAAACUGU